AUGACAGGGGGGGAAGGAGGAAGUGGGGCGGCCCGCGGGGCUGCGCCGCCGCCGCCGCCGCUCCGGUAGUCGCGGGGCUCAGGCAGCGGCUGCCGGCGAGGAGAGCCCUUCACGCAAGUCGUGGGCCGGCCGCCCUUGAAGGCGGACUCGCGCCCCGGUGCCGCUGCUGCAGGGAGGCGGGCAGGGAGCAGGGGAGCGCCCCGCCGGGCUGCGCCACCUCGCCGGGGAAGUUUGGUGCGGGGCGGGAUCCCCCCAGCCGCGGCGGUGGCGCCGGGCAUGAACGGCUUCGCCCCCGAGGAGGUGACCCAGCGCGGGGCAGACCCCGCCGCCGCCGCGGUGGUGGGCAGUGCGGGCCCCGCCGUGGAGGUGCCGCCGCCGCCCGCGGCGCCGGGGCUGGGUCCAGCUACCGCCGCGGGCUCUGCGAGUGCCGGGUGCGCGGGCGGCCCCGGGGCCGGGCAGCUGUGCUGCCUCCGGGAGGAGGGGGAGCGGUGCGGCCGCGCCGCCGGCAACGCCAGCUUCAGCAAGCGGAUCCAGAAGAGCAUUUCGCAGAAGAAGGUGAAGAUCGAGCUGGACAAGAGCGCAAGACAUCUGUAUAUUUGUGACUUCCACAAAAAUUUAAUUCAGAGUGUGAGAAAUAGAAGAAAGAGGAAAGGCAGCGACGAUGAUGGCGAUUCACCAGUGCAAGACAUCGACACUCCAGAGGUUGAUUUAUAUCAGUUACAAGUAAACACACUUCGAAGGUACAAAAGACACUUCAAGCUACAGACCAGACCGGGACUUAACAAAGCACAGCUUGUUGAAAUAAUUGGCUGCCAUUUUAGGACAAUUCCAGUGAAUGAAAAGGACACCUUAACAUACUUCAUCUACUCAGUGAAGAAUGACAAGAACAAACCAGAUCUAAAGAUGGAUAGCGGGGUUCAUUAGGCGGAACAAGUUGGGACUGAGACUCAGACCGCAAAUCUAAAGACUGAGGUUUUGUUGAUAUGCAGAAGCUUUCUUUGUAAUUUUUUCUCCUGAGAACAAUUGUCUCUGUUUUAUUUUUCAUAACCUUGCUGAUUUGUUUGAAAACCAUCUCUUAUGAAACAAAUUUCCUCAGCAAAAGUAUUUUAAAUAAAUAUCACAGGUAUUGUUGCUCAAGUGGGUGUGUCUGUAACUUUAGUGAGUUGGACUUGAUGAUCCUGAUGGGUCCCUUCCAACUCAGCAUAUGCUAUGAUACUUGUACCUAAUAGUUAAGCUUUGAAUUAUGUAAUAAUAUUAAAAUAUUUUUCAAUUAAAGUGUGCCAAGGAUAUAUUUAUGAAUGUACUUAAAGUUCUCAUGAUGCAAUGCCUUUAAUUAAAAAAAAAGCUGUAGCAGUCCUGGCAAUAGGUUCUUUUUCGUAAGGUAAAAGGCUUUAAGUAACAGUUCCAGUAGUUAGCUGGGCAGAAAUGGCUGAAUAACACUUUCUUUUUCCCCUUUGGAAACAAGAAUCAAUGGAAGUUUUUCUGAUUUGUUUAUUCACUUUGUCCUUGCUGAGAUAAUGUGUUUCCAAGCUCUGAGGCCUUCCUACUCCUAUAUUAAAGUGGAAAAAAAUGCUGCUCUCAAAUUUCAAAGCUGUAAGUACGGAUGAAGAGACUGCUGCAACUUACUGUGCUGAGAAAUCCUUCAACUCAGUAAGAAAUCCUUUAGCUGCUGACUUUUCCAUUCGUCUACAUGGACUGCUGCUAAGAACUUAAUUGGAGAAUGAGAGUCAGAGUCUGUGCGGGGUCAAUACAGUAUCUUUUAAUAGGCAUACUGUUUCUUUUUCGUUGCAUGCAUUAGCUCAGGCCUAUUUAAAAAGAAUGAAAAACCCUGACAAUAAAACCAAAACUUACGGUAACAUAUGAGAAAAAUAUCCAGCAAUACUUAUGCUUUUAAUUGAGCGUCUUAGUAAAGUCUGAUGUUGAAGAUGGUAUUAUGAAUGGCUUCUUUUAACUAUUGUGCCAGUCCAAAUGUGUGGUGUAUGGAAUAUGAUUUCUUUCUGCUUUAAGCUGUGCACAUAGGUUGAAGAAAAAGCUGAGGGAAAAUAGUUUUGUUCUUAAAGCAGAGGAGGACACAGCUUCAGCUUGUUCAGUAAACAUUAAAUUGCAACUCCUAACCUUAUCUGAGGUUUAUAAGCUCUUUCUUAAUUUGGGAAAAAUGAAAAAGCAGUAUGUCCAUGGUCUAAUCUGCUCGAUAAUUAUCUUGUGAGGUUUUUUUGAAAAUUACUACUUUUCUGGCAUCACUGCAACUAAGAUGCUUUACUUUGCUUUUUUUGACCUGUGACACUUGCAUAGAACUGAACGAUGAUAAACCCUAAUCUCAAACUGGCUGUCUUCCCAGUA